UUAACCUGCAAAAAAUUGUUUUGUGUUUUCGCUCAAUGUUGUUUUUUUUUCUUGUGUGUGUGUUGUUUUGAAAUUUAACCCUGCAGCAUCAUUUUUGUAAGAAUUUGUAAAAAAAAAGAAUUUAAGAAAAAUGUCCGACGAAGCUGAAUUAGAUCGAUUACGUCAUGAAGCUGAAAUUUUACGUACAAAAAUUAUGGCCGUACGUAAAUUAGCAGCUGAUACUAAUUUGAAACAACAAACAGCAAAUACAAUUCAACCAAUUGGUCGUUUACAGCUAAAAACCCGUAAAACAUUACGUGGUCAUUUAGCAAAAAUUUAUGGUUUACAUUGGUCAACUGAUUCUCGGCAUUUAGUUUCAGCAUCACAAGAUGGUAAACUUAUUAUUUGGGAUGGUUAUACCGGGAACAAAGUACAUGCCAUCCCGCUAAAAUCAUCAUGGGUUAUGUGUUGUGCAUAUUCACCAUCCGGUUCAUUUGUUGCAUGUGGUGGCCUCGAUAAUCUUUGUACAAUUUAUAACUUAAAUGCAACUACAAAUGAUGGUCGUUUUGUUAUUGUACGUGAAUUGAUUGGCCAUGAUGGUUACCUAUCUAGUUGUCGAUUUCUAAAUGAUAAUCAAAUUUUAACUACAUCAGGUGAUAUGACCUGUGCUCUAUGGGAUAUUGAAACCGGUCAACAAUUAACUGUAUUCGAAGGACAUCAAGGUGAUGUUAUGUCAUUAUCAUUAUCACCUGAUCAACGUACAUUUGUAUCCGGAUCUUGUGACCGUUCCGCACGGUUAUGGGAUCUACGUGAUGGUUUAUGUCAUCAAACAUUUCAUGGUCAUGAAAAUGAUAUUAAUUCGGUAAUAUUUUUUCCAAAUUCCCAAUUAAUUGCAACCGGUUCGGAUGAUUCAUCUGGCCGUUUAUUUGAUUUACGUUCCGAUCAACAAUUAGCUUGUUAUCAACAUUCAGAUAUUAAUUGUGGUUUAACAUCGGUUUCAUUUUCCAAAUCUGGCCGUUUAUUAUUCGGUGGUUAUGAUGAUUUUAAUUGUUAUGUUUGGGAUGUAUUGCGUGAACAACGUAUUACCGUAUUAAGUGGUCAUGAUAAUCGUAUCGCUUGUCUGGGUGUUACGGAUGAUGGUGUUGCAUUAGCAACUGGUUCAUGGGAUACAUCAUUAAAAAUUUGGAAUUAGCCGCAAAGUAUUUUUGUAAAAUGCAACCACCACCACGAGCGCCCCCCUUCCCCCCAUUUGUAUUAUGUAAUAUAUAUUUUUUUUUUGUUUGUUUGUUUUGUAAAUUGAAUUAAAAAAUAAUUUUUUUUCAAAAAUUUUUUA